CUCUGCAUUUAUUACUCUGUCUGUCUCGGUGUCUCUAUUCCUCUCACACUCCGUCCUCUUGCCCCCGUCGCGAUCUCUGAAGCUGAAACCCUGAGAUGGCCUCCGGACCAGCUUUGCUCUUCCUAUUGUGCGUUCUUCCUUCCAUGGUCGCCGCCAUCCGCCUUCACAAGAACCCCUUCUGCGUCCAGGGCCGCGUCUACUGUGACGCUUGCCGUGCUGGUUUCGAGACCUCUGUCACGACCUACAUUCCCGGUGCUGAGGUUAUUGUGGAAUGCAAGGACAGGAAUACAGCGGAAGUUAUGUUCUCUAAGAAGGGCGUGACUGACUCGACGGGAACUUACAAAAUCUUUGUGAAUGAGGAUCAUGAAGAUCAUAUUUGCAAUGCCAAGCUUGUGAGCAGUCCUCAGACUAACUGUCAGGAAGCCGCCCCUGGACGCGAUGAAGCCCGUGUUAUUCUUACUCGCAACAAUGGGAUCGCAUCUGACGACCGAUUUGCCAAUUCUCUGGGCUACAUGAAGACCGAGGCCGAUUCUGGCUGUGCUGAGAUCCUCAGGCAAUACCAGGUGUUUGAUGAAGAAAAUUAGUUCAGCUAAUCUGCGGUGCACCUGCGUUGCCUUUCAAAUUUAUUUAUCUUGGAUUGGGUUUCCUAAAUGCUACUUGAUUCAAUCUUGUGGAAUGUUAUCUUGACAUUCUGAAUUUAUGCAUGCGAGUUAAUGAGCGCUAGUAACUUACAUUACAAAAAGUAUUAGGUACGUGGAUUGCGUGAUGUUGUGAUGAUCUAUUCUUUGAUAUCUGGACUCAGCAAAUUAUGAUUGUGUUGAUUUAUUAAAACCUAAAAGUGCCGGUUUCCAAUCGGUUGCUUUAUUCUCUCUCGA